UUCUUGCAGUACAGUACAAAUGCACCUUCACCAACAGCUUUAUACAGAUGUUCAUUGUACAUAAAAUACUUGGAUCACCACGGUUCGCCACGACGGAACAGCACCAUCUCCACUUCCUGUCCAGAAUGAAUCACUCCAGGACCACGUGGUCUCAGGCACACCAACGCUUCAGUGGCUGCUUGAAUCAGCGAGCGUGACACUUCACAUCCCGCCGUGGCAGAGCAACAGUCAGUAGUCUACCAACAGCUGACAACAAACUGUUUGAUUGCCAUUCUAGAAGUUGGUGUGUGUCCACUUGUCGCAGUCACGAUGAAGCAGGAAUAUAACCCCGUGGACGAGACCCAAAAAGACCCAACGGAGCAGACCCCCUUAGUGGACAGAAAGGAUGCCAGUGGAAAACGUGGCUAUGUCCCCGUGGAAGUCAUCUCAUUCCUAUAUUUCUUUACGACUUUCUUCGCUUACCCCCACACACAGUUCUACGUCUUUGACAAAAUGUCCGCCAAAUACGGCGGCGUUAACAGCACUGACCCUCUUCCGUGUGAGGACAAUAACCGCAACUCAUCCGCGUUCGAAGUUGAGCUCAAGGUACAAGCAGAGACCUCGACGGUGAUGAUGGGUCUGCUGUUCGCCAGCACCUUCAGUGGCGUCCUGCCUACUAUCUUCAUCGGGGCCCUGACCGACCGACAUGGAAGGAAGAUUGCGUGCAUUCUCGCCAUAGCAGGAACAACCGCUAAACAAUUGGUCUAUGUUGCCAUUUUCAACCUGGAUGCCAAUGUCAACUACCUGUACAUUGGCAACGUCCUAGAAGGCUUGUGCGGCUUCUACGGCGCCAUGCUGGUGGCAUUAUUCGGGACAGUUGCUGAUAUAACAGAGCCUGGCAAGCAGCGAGCAUUCAGGAUCACUACUACAGAAGCCAGUCUAUUUCUAUCAGCAGCUGUAUCGAUAGGUGUCAGUGGGGUGUGGAUACAAAUCAGCGGCUACCUCCAACCUCUUUACUCCAUGAUCGCCGUCAGCGUCAUCAACAUGGCGAUUGUUCUCUUCAUCUUUCCCGAAACAAGGAAGAAAUCAGGAGCACCAUUUUCAUUGAUAGAUCCCCUCCGAGGACUGAAGAAAAGUUUAAUGUUUUAUGUCAUUGAUACUCCCGAUAGACGGCGCUGGAAGUUGCAAAUAUCUCUUGUGGUGUUUUUCUUCACGUUUUCUGUAAGUAUAGCCCAGAAUACUAUUCUGACGCUAUUUCUUCUCAAGUCACCCUUUUGUUGGACAAUGAUACACAUUACCAUAUAUGCCGCUAUCACGAUGAUCGUUGAUUGGCUGUGUAUCCUCUUGCUAACGCGCUGUCUUGGCCACGUCCUCUCCGACGUCAACCUGGCAGUGAUGGGCACCACGUCAACCUUCCUAAGUCUACUGAUCGUCGGCCUGGCCGUAGAUGACGCAAUGAUAUAUGCUGGUGCCACUUUGGGUGUAUUCAUGGAGUUGGUGACGCCGAUGAUGAGAUCUGUGAUGUCCAGACUAGUGUCAAGCGAUGAGCAGGGCGCACUGUUCGGCAGCAUCAGUGUUGUCGAGAUGUUCUCAGGAGCGGUGCUUGGCUUGGCGGCCACAGCUGGCUACACAAGCUCUGUCGGCUUCUUCCCCGGACUUGUGUUCGUCGUGUUGGCGCUUCUCAUGGCAAUGUUGACUUGUGCUCUCAUAUUUUUGAGCUGGAACCUUCACAAGACGAAGGGGAAGUCCACAAAUAUAAAACUUGACAACUGAGACGAAACUGCAUAAGGCGCUACCGGGAGACGGAGAUUUUGCACAGUAUAUCAGUGCUGAUGAUAUAUAUGUCCAUCAAAGUAUGAUGUAUAUGCAAAUGCAUGCCUAUCUGUGGUUACGGGUGUAUCGGAAUUCAAACAAUUGUAAAAUUGUGUUUUAAGAAGGACAUACAGGAGGGACAAA